GAAUUUUUUUUUGUUGGCAUUUUAAAUUACGAUAUAUGUUUCAUGUGGGAUCCAACUGGUAGCAUAGUAAUAAAAUUUACUGAAAGCAUUCGCUUGGGAUUAUUUUUGAUCGAAUCAAAACUAGAGAGCGUUUGUCCAUCGGGAAAUUUACUAAUAAUCAUAAAAUCACAACUCAAAAGGCAGUAUUGUAUUUGAAAAUGUAAUUGAGUUUUUUCUCUUCUCUAUUUAACAAUGAUAAAGAUAAAAAUUGUACGUAGGGUGUGUUUACCCCGAAUUUAAGUAAUCAAUUAAAUUUGUGAAUGAGGUAUAGGAUAUGUGGUUGAACUUUGAUCUAUUUGGUUGAAAAAAGAUAUAUAAGGAUAUGCUAUGAAGGGGCGAAUAAUAAUUGGUGAUUUAUUCUAAAUAUAUGUAUCUAAUAAUAUAUGAGUAUUGUUUAAUUGAACAAAGCUAAAGAAUAACAACUGAAUCCGGACCAAAGUCAGAGAAUGAGAGAGAGAUUUUAUAUAUUUUGCUAUUACAAUGUUCUAGAACUCAAGAAGCCAACCCUUGAAAGUAAAAUAAUGCCUCCUAUUUAUAGCUUUUCCUUGUGGGUCUCUUACAACAUAAGCCUUUUUGAAUAAAGAAAAAUCCUAAAAAGGAUAAGGUUGGGUCGUACGGUCUGACACCCGUACGAUUGGUAGUACAAUGUGGCAGCACGAUAUUGACGCGUGGCAAUUGUGUAACGAAUCAACCGGACCAACGGCCACGAUCAACCGGACCAACGGCCACGAUCAACCGGGCCAACGGCAACGAUCAACUCGGCUAUAGAGUAACCGGACCAAAUGAUGUCCUUCGCUUUCUUCGAAUCAAGCACUCCUCCGGUCCCAAAAGAAAGUCUCCAUGCUCAUGCUUGUUUCUUUCUUCCCUCGGUCUCCGGUUUCACCGGUCUAGUAUAUAUCCGAUUUUUACCGUAUACAGAUAGUCCCCACACUUUCCGAACCGUAGUUUUAUCGGAGUUACGGGAAGUGGAUGAAUCAAGAAACCGGUGGCUUCAUUUGUCCGUUGUUAUCUUUUCAUUUUGGCGGGAACAAUUGCGUCACGUCCCUUUAUCAUCGGCCACGUGUCUCAUCCCGGAUGGUCAGCUCUGACAACCGCCGUAACGCACGUCGUUUCAAGUCAUUUCUCAUUAAUUAUGGGACACGUGGCAUCCCCCGGUUGGCUGGGGUUUAAAACCGCCUCGAUCCCAUAUCUAUAUAACACCAUUCUCCUCUUCAUUUUUACAUUUUACAUCUUUCAUUUCACUUCUUCUCUGCUUCAUUUCUUCAUUUCAUCACUUCUAAUCAACCUCCAUCUUAAGUUUGUUGCUGAUUCAACCAUUUAUCCCCUUUGAUUCAUCGCUUAUAUUACGUGAAAGGAAACAACUCUGCCAACUUCUUCACUAGCUGUUCUUGUUUUAGAGUGUGUUGUUGCUGCUUCUUCUCACUCUUUACCAUUUUGAAUUCUUUCUUGACUGUUCCCUUACUCCAUUUUUUUAACUUCUUUUUCGAAUUCACCCAAUCUCCUUUUCCAUAUUUUCAAAUGUCUGCCAACACCGAAACCACCUCCCAUGAUGUUCCCUCGGUUUCUUCUCAAGGAACCGAGCCAACUUCUCAACCCAAGGGGAAGGUCACCUUCGAACCGACUGCUUUGGACAUUGUACCGUCCAAACCCAACUACAACAAAGAUUUUGAGGUCGAGAAACCUUCUCUGGUUUCUGAUAGAGGGUUUGAUGUAAGGUGGUAUCCCUCGUCCAUUACUGAGGACAAACUCGUUUUAGUUCGGGCUGAUUGCGGAUGGGAUAACCGUCCGGUUCAAGUUUUUUCCCCCGGACCAGACGAAUCAGUCAUCGACCAUCGGGAGGGAUUCUUGUACGUUUAUACUUAUCCUUUCACCCUCAAGCUGGACCCCCCGAUCGAUCCAGUCAUUUUAGAUAUGUGCCGGACUUAUAAUGUGACCUUGGCCCAGAUUGGUCCGAUUGUUUGGUGGACCGUGGCCUGUCUCCGGCAGUUGGCCAAUAAUACAAAAAAGAAGUUCACGCUGGCCCACUUAAUACGGUUAUACUCCCCGAGGUUGUUUCGGGGUGGUGUAAUAAAACUCGCUAAGCGUAGCCGGAAUUCGAUUUUUUCAAAAAUGGACGAAGACAGAGACCGGGGCUGGUUGGAGCGUUACGUCCAGGUGAGGACCACGGACAUUAUUCCGGACAACUACAUGCCCUUUCCGGAGAGGUGGAAUGAUAAUCCCAUGGGUUGGAUACCUCCGGUUGUCCGGAACCUCAGCGAAUGGGUUACUGCUCUCCUCAGCCAACAUACUCACGAAGCUCAGUCAUGGGGACUCCUUUCUCGUGGCCGAUGGGUCGCUCAAAACCAAGGUUUUCCUAAGGGCUCGGUGGACCUGAGACCGGAAUCAGUAGCUGAACCCGCUACGUUGGCACCCGAGUUCGACUCAGCGGGUACAUCCCGUAUCCUUGCUGCCGCCAACAAGAGACAAAAGCCCUCGGACAAAGGGCAGAAACCGAAGAAGAGGACGAGGAGCGUCGUUAGGACUUUAAGGGAUGAAACAGAGCCCGAGCUCCUCGUUCGGAGGAUCGAUGUGGCCCCUUCCGUGGCUUCCAUUCUGGAGGAGGGUAUCACCGUUUCAUCACUUCCUUCAGCCGGGGAAGGACCUUCAGCUCCGGCACUACACACAGGUGGGGAAGAAAUUCAUUAUCCGACUCCUCUAAGGUCGAUUGAAUUCGUUGAUAUUUCAGGUGAUGCUUCUUCCGAAGAAACCCCCCUGCAAAGGACAAGAAGAUCCGGGAAGGCACCUGCCGCCGAAGCCGGUCAAAGAACCGAGCCGGUCCCCGAGACCGAAGUUCCAACGGCUGUUGGCCCGCUGCCCGACUAUGAGACUGCUGCAACUUCGGAGAUCCUUACCUUUGCCGAAGCUGCUGAGGCCACUCCGAGUUCUCCAACUCCGACUUCAAGGUCGGAUGAGUUUGAUGAUAUGUUCUCGGACACUCCUCCUGCUACCGGCGAAGCUGCUGGUUUCAGACAUCUCCCGAUCCCUUGAGCCACGAGGGCGACUAGCCGGACCACCGAGACUGGAGCUAGGGAUAGCCUGGUGCGUGUCUUCCCGGCCCCAAGCGUGGAACCCAGGAGGACCAGAUCAGUCGUAAUCACCGUUCCCGAGGAUUGUAGCUUUUUGUCUCGCCCGGUAGGAGUAGCAAGCUACCUGAGGCCGCUCGUCUCGGACUCGAACAAACGGAAGAUGAAUGGAGUCCCCUGGCAGUGUCUCAUUAACGAAGGCAUGCACGCGGGAAAUCGAGUAAGUUUAUCAGCCAUCCUUUGCAUAAUUCAUUGAGAAUUUUAGUUUCUCGUUUAUCCGAGUUUUAACUUGCUUCUUUUACAGAGUGUGGUGCUUAUUAACGAAGCCUUCGUCCGUGCUCAGAAAGAGGUUGACGAUCUCAAGGGCCAACUGGAUGCCCAAGGUCGAGAAACGGAGAAGUUUCAGCACCUUUUACGGGUGAAGGAGGAUGAGCUGAACCGAGCAGUUACUCUUUCCAACCUCCAACCCGAGCUCGAUGCGACGAAGGUCGAAAACCUUCGAUUGAAGGAUGAGCUGGCCGAGAUGGUCGAAAAGAACCGGCUUCUAGAAGCGAACAAAGUCGGCCUUAGCCAGGACAAUACUCUUUUUUUUUUCAAGGCUUGGUAAGCUCGAAACCACCAUCUCUCAACUUCGGGGAGAGCUGGAUUCGGUCAAGUUCGAUGCCACGAGCAUGGCCGAAAGGCAUCGGCUGCUCGAAUCUGAGAGUGCCCAGUACAAAGAGCGGAUGAGGGUGUUUGAGCGGAAGGCAGAGGACCGAGCCCGGAUAUGUGAUGAGCUGAAAACCGAGCUCGAAGAGACGGCUGAUACUAAUGACCUUCUCAAGGCCGAGCUCGAGUCGGCCACUCAAGUCCAAAGGGUCUUCGAGGAAGAGCGGGAUGAACUGAUGGCUAAAUUAUCCCAGGCUGAAGCCGAUUUGGCAGAAGCCCUUCGGAGCGUGGAGGCCGCCGAGGCUCAUACUACGAUAUCUGUGGAGUAUGAACAGUGGAAUUCUCAGAGGAUCACCCUUGAGCAAGCCGGGCAUGGUUUUGCGGAUCUUCCGGCCCUGAUACUCGAACCUAAAAGGUUCGAGGAAGAAGCUAAAAGAGUCCUCGAUGCUGACUCCGACGACUCCGAGCGGACAGUGUCCGAACACUCCGGAUCCAGCCACACCGGAUAGACCUGGGCCUGUACUUAGCCUUUGUUUUUUGCUUUUGUAGGGGUUUCCGGUGUAAAAACCUUUGUAUAAAUGAAACAUGCAUUUUUCUUUUCUUUAUUAUUUUGUUUGAAUGUUUGUUAUGACAUUUGCUCGAAUUGUCGGUCCGUUUUAAGGACAUGCAGACUCUUAGUCCUUAUUUCGGACUACGCCUAAAUAUCGGGUUUUCUCUUCGUCUGGUACGUUUUGUCCGGGAAUUUGAUAAAGUUUUUUGCCCGUGGGACUUAUCUAAUGCUUUGUGAAUUCAGACGUCUCCGAAUCACGAUAGGCAUUUUCUAAAGUUGGUAUUUUUCGUCUAUUUUUUAGGGCCGGUAUUUUUUACACCCUUAGCAAAAUUUGAUGUAGGAGUCCCCGUUCGAGGGAGUUUAAAGAUUUUGGCUCGGUUCAUUGUGACCUUGUUGCCUUUGUCGAAUUUCGACCGUAGUGCCCGGAUAGGGUAUAUGAAUGAAGUGAUGCCGAAAUACGGCGAUAAUCACCGGGGUAGGGUAUUUUAACAAAAACACAUCCGAAAUAUCAUAAUCCGAAUUUUCGAUAAUUUUUGUAUUGCAAGUAUUUUGUACAUACAUGAUAUGAGAAUUUGUUUCCUUCUGUUUUUGCCGUAGCAAAUACUAAAUGGACACGAUUCAUUCUGAUCGUUUGGUCCUUACAUCGAAACCUAAGUCAGAAGGUCCGGUCUUGGUUUUGCCGUAGCAAAUAUUGUGUGGACACGAUUCAUUCUGAUCGUUUGGUCCUUAUAUCGAAACCUAAUGCAGAAGGUCCGGUCUUGGUUUUGCCGUAGCAAAAUUUUGUGUGGACACAAUUUAUUCUGAUCGUUUCGUCCUUAUAUCGAAACCUAAUAUAGAAGGCCCGGUUUUGAUUUGUUGAGCUCCUCCGUUUUCAACUAACCGAGCUAUAAUAGUCCCCUAGCGCUUAUCCGAGCUGCAAGAUCGGGUAAGCGCUAUUAAGCCUCCACUCGUAGGCCGUGACCCCGAGUUUCCGGGCGUUUGUCCUUGUCUUUGUCAAGUAACACGUUGUACUGGUUGCCUCAUUAAAAACCUUGUCGGAAAACCCAUUUUGGGACAAAACCGUACUAAGGAAAAGAGUGCAACACGUGUUUUCAGACCUAGAUUCUAGCUUUAUCCGGUACUUCCUUGUCCUUCACGAAGGCGUGUUUUGCCUCUACCAUGGGCCUUCUUUUCUGCUUCACCGGGGGAAACCUCCCAUGUAAGCUGAGCCUGUAAGUUGUUACUUCCGGUGGCACACCUGUCAUAUCUUUCUGUCCGGUAGAUAUUCGAACAAGGUGAUCUGCUCCAACUCCUCUACUGUUGACUUGGUUGCAUCCGAGUCAUCCGGCAUGACGAAUGAUCUGGGUAUACCGAAAUCAUCCUUUUCAUACCCCGGAUCCAACCCCGUGUGCUUUAGUUGCUAUUUGGUGUCCUUUCUCCUAGUCGAAUCUUCUUCCUUUUGAUCCGAUUUUUUGGGCUGAGGUGUCGCUUCCUCGACCGCGAACAUCUCCCUUGCAGCGGGCUGUUCACCUUGGAUGGUUUUUAUCCCCUCCGGAGUCAGGAAUUUCAGCAGCUGAUGUAAUGUCGACGGCACGACGCUCAUGCUAUGUAUCCAAGGUCUACCCAGCAAUGCAUUAUACUUCAUAUCUCCUUCGAUUACAUAGAACACCGUUUGCUGGAUAGUGCCGUCAAUGUUUACCGGCAAUGAGAUCUCCCCCUUUGUGGUUUCGCUCGCCAUGUUGAACCCACUGAGUACCCGGGUUACCGGUACGAUCUGAUCGAGUAGCCUUAGCUGUUCGACCACUCUCCACCGGAUUAUGUUGGCCGAGCUACCUAGGUCAAUCAAAAUACGUUUAAUUUGAGUUUUAAAAAUAAGAAUAGAGAUUACCAAUGCAUCAUUGUGCGGUUGAAUGAUGCCUUCUGCGUCCUCGUUGCUGAAAGAGAUGGAACCCUCGGGUAUAUAAUCUCGGUUGCGCUUCUCACGCACAAUAUUUCAUCCUCUUCAACGUCAUUGCCUUUUAUAGCGCAGGUGUAUAAAGUCACGUGUUCCUGAGGGUCCGUUGUAUUUCUGGAUAUCCGGCAUCUUGAACCUCUUCGGGAUCAAUUUUGGAGUCGCACUCGUAGGAAAAGGCCUCUGAAUAUACCUCUUCGAAUCCGGUCCUUUCAAAACAGGCGGAGCCCCCGGUAUUUGGUCCACCCGAGAGUUAUAUGGUUCCACCCUCUUUUCGGUCGAGUCUACCCGCUUCGCCAAUGUUUCGAGCAUUCUCAGAACCUCGGUGGACGAACCAGCUCCGGACCCAUUGCUCUCUACCAUCAGUGCCUCAUCCCUUCUGGGUUCAGCAACACCCUUCGUCUUCUCCGAGGUCGUUUUAUCACUUCUGUUUUGCAACUGGGCUAUUGCGAUUCCUUGUUCGGCAAUCGCUGCUCUCUGUUCUUGCAACAUUUCAAAAAUUAAACGUAAGUCAAUAUUAUUAUCCGGGGUAUUCGGUUCUUUCCGACCCUGUGUCCGGGACAAAGUAAUUGAAUUGUGAGUAUUUAAAGGAUCGGUGGCCGGCAUUCUCCUGAUUCACAGUGUUUUGCCGGUUGAGGCCCUCCCUCAAAUUAACGGGGUUCGGGUCAGCGGGAUUUGCUGGUAAUCCUCGUGGCCCGCUGUCUUCAUUUUCGGCCACAAUCUCAUUGUUGUUGACGUGACCAGAUUGUCCACUGUUAACCAUUUGGUCCGUUUUUACAGAGACGAACAAAAGAUUUUUUUUUUAUUCUGACGGGUGAGAGAUAAAUUAGGAUCAAAGACCACUAUUAUCCUAGCCCCACGGUGGGCGCCAAACUGUUUACCCCGAAUUUAGGUAAUCAAUUAAAUUUGUGAAUGAGGUAUAGGAUAUGUGGUUGAACUUUGAUCUAUUUGGUUGAAAAAAGAUAUAUAAGGAUAUGCUAUGAAGGAGCGAAUAAUAAUUGGUGAUUUAUUCUAAAUAUAUGUAUCUAAUAAUAUAUGAGAUUGUUUAAUUGAACAAAGCUAAAGAAUAACAACUGAAUCCGGACCAAAGUCAGAGAAUGAGAGAGAGAUUUUAUAUAUUUUGCUAUUACAACGUUUUAGAACUCAAGAAGCCAACCCUUGAAAGUAAAAUAAUGCCUCCUAUUUAUAGCUUUUCCUUGUGGGUCUCUUACAACAUAAGCCUUUUUUAAUAAAGAAAAACUCUAAAAAGGAUAAGGUUGGGUCGUACGGUCUGACACCCAUACGAUUGGUAGUACAAUGUGGCAGAACGGUAUUGACGCGUGGCAAUUGUGUAACGGAUCAACCGGACCAACGGCCAGGAUCAACCGGACCAACGGCCACGAUCAAUCGGGCCAACGACAAUGAUCAGCUCGGCUAUAGAGUAACCGGACGAAACGAUGUCCUUCGCUUUCUUCGGAUCAAGCACUCCUCUGGUUCCAAAAGAAAGUCUCCAUGCUCGUGCUUGUUUCUUUCUUCCCUCGGUCUCCGGUCUCACCGGUCUAGCAUAUAUCCGAUUUUUACCGUAUACAGGGUGGACAGGCACUUUCAUUGAAAAUGUAACUAAGUGUUCUAUCUAUCAUUGAUAAAUAGAGAAAGAGGAAAAACUUAAUUACAUUUUGAAAUUCAAUACUAUAUUUUUGAGUUGUUAUUUUCUGAUUAGCAUCUUUCCCAAUCCCAAACGGACAAGAAUUUUUUAGUUUUGAUGAGACUAUGGACAAGCAUUUUCUUGUCUUUGAUUGAUGGUUUUAGGAAUUUGUGUUUGAAAAUGUUGACCCUCCUUGUAUGCCAUACAUGUAAUGGAAAAAUAUCUUCCGCUGGUCCCAUAUACCAAUUUGUAUGUGGUACUUAAUUUUUGCACAGUGAAACAUGACUAGAACACUCUUUUUCUGUUGAAAUAUAGUUGUACCCCACAAAACAUCAAGAUAUUUCAUGUCAUAUAAAGAAACAAAGGAACAAGCACUAGUGCUCAUAUAUUUUACGAUUACGAUAUGAAAAAGUUCACUUGACCUUAUUCUCUUCUCAUUUCAA